AAUAAUCAAUUCAAGCGCUGACGUUAUCACACCCAUUUUAGAUAAUAUCUCUCAGUUCGGUGGCAGCAAUGACACGGAUUGACGAAAGACUAGCUAUCCUUUCGGUCUCUGACAGAAGCCACAUCUGCGAGUUGGCGACGGCCCUUCACGAUGCUGGUUUAACCCUGGUUGCUUCAGGUGGAACUGCAGCAGUUCUUCGUAAGGCAGGAUUGGAAGUACAAGAAGUCAGCGAAAUAACGAAUUUCAACGAAAUGCUGGGAGGAAGAGUGAAGACCCUGCACCCAGCUGUUCAUGCGGGGAUUCUAGCAAGGGACACUCCGCAAGAUCGGAAAGAGAUGGUGGGCAACGGGUUCAAAUACGUGGACGUAGUGGUUUGCAACCUGUACCCCUUCAAAAAAGUCAUUGCCAAUCCCUCCUUCACGCCUGAUCUCGCCAUUGAAAAUAUUGACAUUGGAGGAGUGACAUUGCUGAGAGCUGCGGCUAAAAAUCAUAAUCGCGUCACCGUGCUUUGUGAUCCGAAAGAUUACGAAAAAUAUAUAGUUAAGAUCAGCUGCGGUGAGGUAUCUUUAAAGGACCGACGCCUACUCGCAUUGAAGGCGUUCGAACACACCGCGUCUUACGACGAAUCCAUCAGUGGCUACAUGCGACGGCAUUUUGCUGGCAACGGUGAACGAAGUAUUCCGCUCCGAUACGGCACAAACCCUCAUCAAAAAUCUGAAGCAGAGCUGUUUGCUGUGGACGACGAGAUGCCCAUAAAAGUGUUAAAUGGUGCUCCUGGCUACAUCAACAUUUUGGAUGGAUUGAAUGGCUGGCAGCUUGUCAAGGAACUCAGCGAUGCGACGGGAUUACCGGCUGCAGCCUCAUUCAAGCAUGUUUCCCCGGCAGGAGCAGCCAUAGGUCUUCCUCUGAACGAUUCUGAGGCGCAAUCCUGUAUGGUAGCUGAUCUGCCCCUUGACUCGAAAAAACCCUCCCUAGCCGCUGCAUAUGCCCGUGCACGAGGUGCUGACCGGAUGUCGUCGUUCGGUGACUUCAUCGCUUUGUCGGAAAAAUGCGACGAGCUGACCGCAAAAAUCAUUAAUAGGGAAGUCUCCGAUGGCGUGGUCGCUCCGGGUUACGAUGCGGCAGCCCUUUCUCUUUUAGCCAAAAAGAAGAAUGGAAACUACUGUAUAUUGAAGAUUAAUCCUAACUAUAUUCCCACGGAAACGGAGGAAAGGACAGUUUUUGGACUGCGGCUGCGCCAGAAGCGAAACAAUGCGACCAUCAACAGCGAGACGUUCAGCAAUGUUGUGGGCAAACACAACAAUAUGAACAAGCAGUCCACCGAUGAUCUCAUCGUAGCUACGAUAGCAUUGAAAUAUGCGCAAUCAAACACAGUUUGCUUUGCUCAUAGGGGACAGGUGAUUGGAAUGGGUGCCGGACAACAGUCUAGGAUUCAUUGCACUAGGCUUGCUGGAGAGAAAGCUUGCAGUUGGUGGCUCCGACAGCAUCCCAUUGUUCUUUCGUUGCCAUGGAAGCCCACCGUACGACGAUCGGAAAGAUCCAAUGCUAUCGAUGUACUAUGCUCAGGAGUUCUUGGAGAUGAAAUCUCUCUCGAUCAAUGGCAGCAAUACUUCACAGAUCCCGUGAAUCCGUUGACAUUGGAGGAUCGUAAAAGCUGGCUUGCGCAGCAGACGGGAGUUGUGAUGAGUUCGGAUGCUUUCUUACCGUUCAGGGAUAAUAUUGACUGUGCAAAACAGUUUGGAGUGAUGUAUGUGGCGCACCCUGGUGGUUCCGUUCGAGACGAAGAGAUCAUCGAGGCAUGCGAUGAGCAUGGGAUCACCCUCAUACAUACAGGCUUACGCCUAUUCCAUCACUGAUACUCAAUACGAACUUUGUGCGAAUUAGGACGAGUUCAUACACAUCAACAAACGGUUGUUUUUAUCAGUUCAAAAUCCAACGAGUGAGCGCGGGACUUCUGCGUGAAGAGAUUCUAUGUAUUGUCGGAUGAUUCUGAUUUGUUUACGUUUCGUAUGUAUAAAAAUUUC